CUUUCUUAGUUCUCACAAUGGAAAGAAGCUUGUCUUCACUCUCUGCCUCUCUUAUCCAUCUUCAUCUUCACCUCUCGGCCUCCCAACGCCAGGAAAAUUAAAUCCUCAAUCUCAAAUCCCAAUUUAUCACUUUUUCUCAUCAGCUAAAUAAUCUGUUAUCCCCAAAAAAACCAAUGUUAUCUUCUCAAACCAAACAAAUAUUUCAAGGGUGUUUUAGUCAGUUUCCCUUGCAAAUCCUAUUCUCGGCCAUGUAGCUUAGGACCUAUUACUCCCCACGUUUGCUUUUAUCUCAUACAGGUAAAUCUGACAUGAAAUUCUUCUCAAAUUACAACACUGCAUAACCUGCUUCCCCUCAAUUUUUCUCUUCUGUUACUGUUACGCCAUGAUGAAGAAGCUAGCCUUGCAAGAAUCCAUCACUUUCCCAACCCAAUCCGCGCCUGACUGCUGGUUUGACGAUACAUGUAUCCUGGAUAUGGACUACUUUGUCAAGACCAUAUCAGGCAUUAAGGCCAAGGGGGUCCGUCCUGACUUGAUCGGUUCAAUCAUAGCGCAUUAUGCAUCAAAAUGGCUCCCUGACUUAUCCAGCAAUAACACCGAAAAGGGUCUUACGAAUUUCGAAGAAUCAUUCCCAGAGAGUAUCACAGCUUCCUGGAUGAAAAAAAGAUUCUUUGUUGAAACCUUAGUGGGGAUCUUGCCUCCCGAGAGAGACUCCGUCCCAUGCAACUUUCUCUUACGCCUUCUCCGGACGGCCAACAUGGUCGGCGUAGAACCUGCCUACAGAGAUGAGCUGGAGAAACGGAUUUCAUGGCAGCUCGACCAAGCUUCACUGAAAGAGCUGAUGAUUCCAUCGUUUAGUCACACUUGCGGCACUCUGUUAGAUGUGGAGCUUGUUAUAAGGCUGGUGAAGAGAUUUGCUAGCCUGGAUGAAGGGGCUAGAAGUGGUGCUGCUUUGGUUAAAGCAGCUAAGCUUGUGGAUUGCUACUUAGCAGAAGCAGCCCUGGAUACCAAUUUGAGUUUGGAUGAGUUUAUUGCACUUGGUGGAGCUCUUCCUAGCCAUGCUCGUGCCAUGGAUGAUGGCCUGUACCGUGCCAUUGACACUUAUCUUAAAGCACAUCCUGGUGUCCCAAAGCAAGAUAGGAAGGUUCUUUGCAGAUUAAUAGACAGUCGAAAACUCUCACCAGAAGCAUCCCUCCACGCUGCUCAAAACGAACGUUUACCUGUUCGAGCCGUAAUUCAAGUGCUAUUCUCGGAACAAACAAAGCUCAGUCGACAUAUAGAUUGGAGUGGGUCGUUUAGUGGAACAAGGAGUCCAAACCCGGGGCUGGAAGCCCCUGCUCGGUGCCUGUCGAAACGUGAAAUGAACGCUCAGCAAAUGGAGAUAAAGAAGCUGAAAGAGGACUUGCUGAAGGUCCAAAGCCAAUGCAUUGCCAUGCAAAUGCAAAUGGAGAAAAUGUUGGAUAAGAAGAAGGGGUUUUUCAGGUGGAGGAAGCUUGGGCUGAAGCCUUCGUUUAAGAGUAGCGUGAGUGUUUUUGAGAAGAUUGAAGAAGGAGAAGGAGAAGGAGAGGUUGCUUUCGGGCUGCAAACGCCAAUGGAUAUGAAAGCAAAGCUUGUUCGAGGUAGGACUCCUCCCAAGUGGAGAAAAUCCAUGCCUUGAAAAGUGAAGUAGGACUCCCAAAAAUAAAUUUGAUGUUUGUUUAUUAUUAAUUCUAAGCUAGGGAAUAAUGUAGGGGCUGAAUAAUAUGUAUUUGCAUUAUAAUGUAUUUCCAGUUGAAUUCAAAUAAGAGGCUACCCUCAGGGAUAUUAACAUUA